AUGAGAGAGACUAGAAAGGUGAGCUUCAUGAAGGACAUAAAGGUAAUGAUGUAUGGAUAUGGAGAUGUCAUUGCACCAAGAUACGACACUGCAGAGGCACUCCACGGCUAUGUCUUGGACUACAUGAGCGUCCUGCUAACAAAUACCCACAACAUGGCACAGGUGAAGGGAAAGACAAAGACAGAGGAUCUCUUAUACUAUCUGAAGAGAGACAGGAAGAAGUACUCGCGGGUCAGACAUCUGCUGAUAACAAACGAGGAGAUCAAACUUGCAAAGAAGGCGUUUGAUCCCAAGGAUUAUGAAAAGGAGUGA